UUUCAAAAUUGACAACAUAUACAUAUUCCCUCACUAUGUACGCCUACCCCAGCAUUCCCGGCGCGCCCAUCAAAAAAUACCCCCUCCAAAUGGACGCCCUCCCCGUCCCCCGCGGCUGGGUCCCCGACGCCUGGUUCAAAGCGUACAACGCGGCAGACAGCCAGAUCUACCACCUCGUCGGGAGGGACUGCCGGAUCUCGAAGCGGAAGCGGGAGAGUGGGGAGACGAGGGAGAGGGCGCUGAGGUUGUGGGAGAGGUAUCCGAUUAAUAAGGUUAUGUGGGCGGAGAGGUGGAGGGAGGAUAGGGGGGCGGAGGUGGCGGGCGUGGCGGGUGUGGCGGUGAUGGAGGAGGAGGAGGAGGGGGGUGGGGAGGAGAGUGAGGAGCUGGAGGGGGAAAUUGACGGUGACGACGAAGAUGAGGAGAGUGGGGAUGAAGAAGAGGUGGGGGAGAGGGGGACCGAGAUAGUUUGGGAGCAGGAGGUUGAAGAGUCGGAGGAAGGAGAGGAUGAAGAGAUGGUGGAUGCGAUGGAUGUAGAUGGAGACUCAAUCGAGGGGGCUUAUGAUAUGAGCUAUCUGUUCGAGGAGUUUUGAGGCCUCACAGAUCGUUUCGAAUCAACCUACCCUAAACAAAAGCGGGAUAGAAGCAGAGUAGAAGUAGGAUUGUCAGGGUAGUCUAGCCCCGUAUGAGAAGGACAACAAACUUGAG